UGGCGCCUUCUGGUUAAAAUCCCCAACACUUGCAUUCAAAUUUUCCGUAUCCUGUCUCCCUCUUCCCUCGGUUGUGUGCUGCAGAAUCAAGGGCAAGCAAUGUUCGGAGGUCAAGCUGCAUCGACCCCGGCAUUCGGAACUCCAUCUGCUACUCAGGCAUUUGGAGCGCCAUCUUCUACUCCGGCCUUCGGAACUCCAUCUACUACUCCGGCGUUUGGAACGCCGUCGACGCCUUCAUUUGCCACGGUAGGCUUCGGCUCCUCUCUAUUUUCAACUCCAUUCUCCUCUCAGCAGCAACAGCAACAGCAACAGCAACAGCAGCAGACUCCGUUGUUUCAGCAGCAGACUCCGUUGUUUCAGCAGCAACCUUCUGCUGGUUUCGGUUUCCAGACUCCCUUUGCCACCCCGCAGCCGAAUCCUUUCCCCAAUGCUCAAUUGACAACUCAGAUGGCUCCUGUGGCUCCUCUCCCUUUCUCUCUCGCCGAUCGCGACAUUCAAGCGAUUGUUGAUGCUUACAAGGAAGACCCUGCGAACCCUAAGUACGCUUUUAAGCACUUGUUGUUUAGUGUGACUGAGCCACAGUUUAGGGUGAAGCCCCCUGGUGUAUCAGAUAUCAUGUGGGCGGAAGCUAUUGGGAAACUGGAGGGUAUGGAUGGCACUGAUCGAGAACGCUUAUGGCCUCAGCUUGUUCAAGGCUUCAAGGAUCUUUCCAACCGAUUGAAGCUUCAAGAUGAAGUCAUUCUUUCUGAUGCUGAGAGGUUGCGAAUGACUCAGAGCAAUGUUAAAAUGCUUCAAAGGCAUUUCCAAGCUGAAACUCUUCCUUGGAUCGAAAGAAUGAGACAAAAGGAGCAAAGUCUUCAAAGACGCCUUUUAAGGGUAAUGAGAAUAGUGGAAGCACUGGAGGGUAAGGGUUGCCGGUUGCCCAUAAUGAAAGGAGAAGCUGAAUUGGCUGAAAAGUUGGCAGGAAUAACAAGACAGUUGAAAGGAUCUGGAGCAGAACUUUCUAGGAGGGUUCAGAACCUGCUUACCAUAUCUCGGAUUCAAGCAAAUUCCAUCAGUACUGGUGGUUCUUUUUAUCUUCCUGGAUCAACCAAAAUACACGAUCAGAGCCUUGCUGAUAUGCAGGAGGUCCUACAACAGCAGACGGAGGCCAUAGCAAGGCUUGGCAGUGUAUUGAAGCGAGAUAUAAGGGACAUGGAUAUAAUAAUGUCUGAGGACACAGAGAUGACAGAGGAAGGGAGCUAGGGAAGUUGACAGGCAGUACUCGGUGAUUCUUGUGUUUUUUUUGUUCAGCCGUUGGAUCUAUUUAGGGAUAAAGUAUUAUUAUUGAGUUCUUGAACCCAAACCUUUCUUCUGGUAGAAGAAUGCCAGGAUCUGGUGCAAAGGUCAUUUUGAAUGAUCUGCUUUGAGCUCUUGUUCUUUUUGUUUUCGGUGAAAGACAAAUUCAUUGAUCAACCAAAAGGAGAAACAGCUGACUUGCAUACAGCUAAAAAAAGCUGGGCCUUCAAAGCUCUAGCAACAAGGUGGGUAACUGAGUUAGAGUCUCUAUUAUCUCAAUACAGCUAAAAAAAGAAGCCCAUAAAGAUUUAGCUUCAGCUGUAUUACCGUACAGCUUUUAACAGCUUCAUAAUUCUGUUUUUCCAAACAGAGUUAGCUGGUAGCCUACGCCAUCGUUGUAUUAUUUUAUUUCUAUUUCUUUUAGCUCAGGUUUUACUUGCAUUUUACUGUUUUAACAUAAAUACAUUGCCUUACAAUA